AUGGCGGAUGACAUAGUUUCUAGGGUUUCGAGCCUCAAAAUAACUGCAGAGGAGGAUACCGUUGUUGAGUUUCUUGAUAACCCUAAUUCUGAAACCGACGAUUUCGAGUUGACAUUGGUAGGGAAAGUUCUCACGAUUCGAACCUACAAUUUCGACGCAAUGAAGAAAACUCUUAACCAAAUCUGGGCCAUAUCCAAAGCAGCCCUAUUUCGCUCAAUCGAAAACGGCUUGUUUGUGGUUAGAUUCGCAUCUAAGAGGGACAAAGACAAGGUCAUGGCAGGGAGGCCAUGGACCUUUGAUCAAAAUCUGGUUAUGUUACAAGAAAUAGAAGAUGAUAUUCAGCCUUCGGAGAUUGUGUUGAAGCAAUGUCCGAUUUGGGUUCGACUGUACAACCUUCCUAUGCGCAGUCGAUCCGAGAGCCACAUUCGCAUGAUAGGAGGGAGUAUUGGACAAGUGUUAGAAGUCGACAUGGAUGACAUUGGCUGGGAUAAGUCGGCGCGACUGAGGAUUCUUCUUGAUGUUACUAAACCCUUUAAACGAGUCCAAAGAAUAGCGGUGAAAAGCGGGGGGUCGGUGUUGGUGGAGUUGAAGUAUGAACGACUACCUACAUUUUGUUACAUGUGUGGUGUAAUCGGUCAUAUCGAAAGGGAUUGUUUAUCAAAUAUAGUGGAAGACAAAGAUGGUGAGAAACAAUGGGGAUCAUGGAUUAGAGCCUCGCCAAGGAAAGGGCGACAGAAGCUUGAAGAUGAAGCAAAAGAAUUUUUGAAGGGGGCUAGGAGUAUUACUUUUGAAAAUGGUAGCCACGGGUUGCAGGAGCAGCGCCUUUCUCCCGACGCUAGUGGUAUGGAAGAGGAACGGAGGACCUGUCAAGCUGGGGACGUGGUGAAGGCUCGGGGCGUUCAUGCAGGUGGUGAGGGAGGUCAAGCUGAGACCCCCUGCAUGCGGGUACCCAACGUACCAGGUGAUAAUAUUCUUCCUCCUACUUUAUUUGUUGCUGGAAAUGGUGGUACUGCCACCAAAUUUUAA